AAAAAAGAUUCAAUUUUUAGGAUUUCAGCAUCAGUGGCUACAACACAGAAACCCACUGAGAUUGUGCUGCAACCAAUUAAAGAAAUAUCAGGCACUGUUAAAUUACCUGGCUCUAAAUCCUUAUCCAAUCGUAUUCUCCUUCUUGCUGCCCUAUCUGAGGGAACUACUGUGGUUGACAAUUUACUAAGCAGCGAUGAUAUUCAUUACAUGCUUGGUGCCUUGAAAACACUCGGACUGAAUGUAGAAGAAGACAUCGCUAACCAACGAGCAACUGUUGAAGGUUCUGGUGGGCUAUUCCCUGUUGGUAAAGAGUCCAAGGAAGAAAUUCAACUUUUCCUUGGAAAUGCAGGAACUGCAAUGCGGCCACUAACAGCAGCCGUUGCUGUAGCUGGCGGAAAUUCAAGGUAUGUACUUGAUGGAGUUCCUCGAAUGAGAGAGAGACCAAUUGGUGAUUUGGUUGAUGGUCUUAAGCAGCUUGGUGCAGAGGUUGAUUGUUUCCUUGGUACGAAAUGUCCUCCUGUUCGAAUUGUCAGCAAGGGAGGCCUUCCCGGAGGGAAGGUAAAGCUCUCUGGAUCAAUUAGCAGCCAGUACUUGACUGCUCUGCUUAUGGCUGCUCCACUGGCUUUAGGAGAU